AUGGCUUCGGAAACGGUCACACAAAGCCCACUUAACCGCGCCGAUGAAGUUCAGGAUCUCCUCACCGCAAUACAAAAUCUCAUCAUUCCCUUCAUCCGUGCCGCCGACGAAGACGCCCUCACCAAACCCACCGGUCAUGGUCUCCAGAUCUCCGGCGGCGGUCCCAGGACCGUUCUAGUAGAGCACCACCCACCCAAAAAGCUGGAGUCUCUUCUAGCCCAAGAAUUGGAAAUCGACAAUGCUGGAACAGAGAAAGAAGGAGGAGAAGGCCAGGGAAAAGACGGACUUGUAAAACUAGUCUCAAGCAUACUAAAAUACAGCGUAAACACAUGGGAUCAAGGGUUUCUCGAUAAGCUAUAUGCGAGCACAAAUGCAGUGGGUGUGGUUAGUGAAUUGUUACUCGCGGUAUUGAAUACCAAUGCACACGUCUACACCGUCUCUCCUGUCCUAACGCUCAUCGAAAAGCGCACAACAACCUACCUGGCCUCUCUCUUCUCCCUCCCCUCUUCCACAUCCGGCGGACUCACCCUCCCCGGCGGCAGCGCCAGCAACAGCACCGCCAUAACCCUCGCCCGCAACACCCUCUACCCCCUCACAAAAACCGAAGGUAACGCCUCCUUCAACUUUACCCUCUUCACCUCAGAACACGGCCAUUACUCCAUCGAAAAAGCCGCAAACAUCCUCGGCUUCGGAACCAAAAACGUAAUCACCGUGCCCGUCGACGAGAACGGCUGUAUGAUUCCAUCCGCUCUCGAGCAGAAAAUCAACGAGAGCAGACAGAGAGGCGAAACACCACUUUUUCUCAACGCAACAGCUGGAACCACCGUCCACGGCUCUUUUGACCCGUUUUCUGCUCUCGCGGAUAUCUGCAAGAAGGAAAAUAUUUGGUUCCACAUUGAUGGCUCGUGGGGCGGUUCCGUAGUCUUCUCCCCUAAAUACCGCGCUUCCCGUCUCGCGGGCGCAGAGUUAGCUGACAGCAUAACCAUCAACCCGCACAAGAUGCUCGGCACGCCAAUGACGUGUUCGUUCCUACUCGCGCGCGAUAUGAACCAAAUGCACAAAGCACUCACGUUACCCGCGGGUUACCUCUUCCACGGCUCCACAGACUCCGUAGACGCGCAGGAUAUCUACGACCUCGGUGACUUAUCCCCGCAAUGUGGUCGGCGCGCCGAUAGUUUGAAAUUGUUUCUCGCGCUGAAAUACUACGGCCCAGAGCACUUUGCUCGCCUCGUCGAGACAGCGUAUGAACGUGCGGAGUACCUACUCAGCAAAGUCAAUGAAAGUGAGAAUCUUGUGGCUAUUAGCCCUGAGCCGCUGCCUUGUUUGCAGGUGUGUUUUCAUUAUGCAAAGGGUGGCGUAUUGGGAGAGGACAAGAAGGGGAAUAGUAGGACGACGACGGAGAUUGCGCAGAGGUUAGUGAGGAGGGGUUUCAUGGUUGAUUUUGCGCCGGGGGAGAGGGGAAAGUUUUUUAGGGUCGUGGUUAAUGGGGGGACGUUGGUGGACACGUUGGAUGGGCUUGUCAAGGCGAUUGAGGAGAGUGGUAGGGAGUUGGGGUUCUAA